AUGGAUUCAAUCUUUUCUGUAAUUGGAUUCUACAUUGACUGGGAUGUCAGAAGUCUGCUGCUCUUCACUGCAGUUUUCAUCCUCACUGCAGAUUAUAUUAAGAACCGUCGGCCGCACAGCUUCCCUCCAGGACCUCAGGCAUUUCCUGUUGUGGGCAACAUAUUCACAGUGGAUUACAACAGAACCCAUGAGAGUAUGACACAGUUAGCAGGGAAAUAUGGAAAUGUGUACAGUCUGCGAAUGGGCCAAAGGUGGAUGGUGGUGUUAAAUGGGUUUGAGGUCCUGAAAGAAGCUCUGGUAAAUCAGGGAGACAGCCUGGUGGACCGCCCAGCCAGCCCUCUGCAUGCGGACAUAAGUCAAAGACGAGGUAUAGUGUUAAGCAAUGGGAACACAUGGAAGCAGCAGAGGCGUUUUGCAUUGUCGACCCUCAAAUAUUUUGGAUUUGGCAAGAAGUCACUUGAACCCGUCAUCUUAAAUGAAUUUACGCACUGUGCAAAGGACUUGAGUAGCUAUGAAGGUAAACCAUUCAACCCACACCUCGUCAUCAACAAUGCUGUCUCCAACAUCAUCUGCACCUUGGUUUUUGGUCAUCGCUUUGAGUAUGGUGAUGAGAAGUUCAUCAAACUGAUGAAGAGCUUUGGCAAAGCUUUCCAUCUUCAUGCCUCAAUCUGGGCACAGCUUUACAAUGCUUUCCCUCUGCUGAUGAGACGUUUGCCAGGGCCACAUCAGACAAUCAUGCACAUCUGGAACAAUGUAAAGGACUUCAUUAGACUGGAGCUUAAGCAGCACAGACAAAAGUGGGAUCCCUCAGACCAAAGAGACUUCAUCGACUGCUACCUGAAAGAGAUUGAGAUGAAUAAGGAGCAGGCUGACAGUACUUUUAAUGAGGAAAACCUGGUUAUGUCUCUCUUGGAUCUGUUUGCGGCUGGCUCUGAGACCACGGCCACAACUCUGCGCUGGGCUUUCCUCUACAUGGCAAAGUACCCUGAGAUCCAGGCAAAGGUCCAGGCUGAGAUAGACAAAGUCAUUGGACAGUCCAGACAGGUGUCCAUGGAAGAUCGUGCAAACCUGCCGUACACUGAUGCUGUAAUACAUGAGAUCCAGAGGAUGGGCAACAUAGUUCCUCUCAGCGUGCCUCAUGUUACCAACAGGGACAUCGAACUGGGAGGAUACACAAUCCCAAAGGGAGUUAUAAUAAUCCCCAAUCUGACCUCUGUGCUGUUCGACAAGAAUGAAUGGAAGACUCCCAACACCUUCAACCCAGGACACUUUCUGAAUGAGGAGGGCAAGUUUGUGAAGCCAGCUGCUUUCAUCCCUUUCUCUGCUGGUAAGCGGGCAUGUCUCGGAGAGAACCUGGCCAGGAUGGAGCUUUUCCUCUUCUUCACCUCCUUCAUGCAGCACUUCACCUUCUCCAUGCCUGCUGGGGUGAAGCUUGUGAUGGACUAUUGCUUUGGUGUGACUCUGGCACCACGUCAAUAUGAAAUCUGCGCAACCUCACGCUAAGAGUAAAUUUGACAUAACAAAUACUCAAAAAAGUAAUAACUUUUUGUCAUUAUGUCACUAUGAGGAGGUUUAGUAAGUAAAUCAAAAUGUUGCUUGGCUUCAAUUAUACAUAUAUUUUUUUUAAGGCUAGAUUAGACCUUUUUUGUCUUUUUGUUGAUUUCUCUCAUUUAAAUCGAAAAUUUGUGAAACAUCUAAAUAAUGUCUAUGAUAUAACAUUUUGAUUUCUAAUACAUGCCAAAGGGGAUAUUUUGUUAUGUAUUAUAACUCAUAUAAUGACAUGGCAAAUCAAACUUUAUGAUAAGAUUUUUUGAGGUUAGGAGUUAAAGCAGGAUUUUUAAAUUCUGAUAAGACAAC